CGUCAGUCCUUCCGCGCGUGACGUCACGAGCGCUCCGCGGCGCGCGGGCCCGGCUCCAUGGCAGAGCAGGAGAGGCUGCGGCGGCUCCUGAGGCUGGUCCAGGAGGGAAACCUGGCUCUCCUACGGGAUGAGCUGAGGCUGGAUGAGAUUCCAGAGGCUCCCAGCUGGCGCUGGGGACGUUUGGGAGAUUCCCUGCUGCACCACGCAGCUCGCUUGGGACACCGGGAUGUGCUGGAAUUCCUGAUCCAGGAGAUUGGGAUGGACACAGAGGUGGCCAAUGGGGACUACAAGAGACCCCUCCAUGAGGCUGCUUCCAUGGGACACCAGGAAUGUGUGUCCUUCCUCCUGGAGAGAGGGGCGAGCGUGGACUGCUUGAAAAAGGCUGACUGGACUCCGCUGAUGAUGGCUUGCACCAGGAAAAAUUUGGGAGUGAUCAAAACUCUGGUGGAGCACGGAGCCAACCCGUUGUUGAGGAACAAGGAUGGCUGGAAUUGCUUCCACAUUGCCAGCAGGGAAGGGCAUCCCGAGGUGCUCCGCUACCUCCUGGAUGUGUCCCCAAGCUGCUGGGACACGGAGAGCACCACGGGGAGAACUCCUCUGCACACAGCAGCAAUGCACGGCUGUUCCCAGGUCGUGGAGCUGCUCCUGGAACGGUGCCAGUACAAACCUGACAGCAGGGACAGCUGUGGGGUCACUCCCUUCAUGGAUGCCCUCCAGAACGGGCACGUCGGCAUCGCCCGGCUGCUCCUGCAGAAACACCAGGCCUGUCCCACAGCUGUGGAUGCCCUGGGUGCUCAGGCCCUGCACAGGGCAGCUGUGACAGCCCAGGAUGGCUCCAUCCAGUUCCUGGUGUCCGAGCUGGGCGUGGAUGUCAACGGGAGAGCGACGUCCCUGCAGCUGCCAGCCCUGCACUACGCAGCCAAGGAAGGACAUGGACACACCAUCCAGACCCUGCUGUCCCUCGGUGCUGAUCUGCAGGCCAAGGAUGGGAAGGGCCGUUCUGGGAACACCAGUCAGCACGUGAGGAACAGCAACCUGCUCCUUUUCCACGUGCUCCCUGAAACAGAACCAUCCAAGGGAAGUGCCACUUCCAGGGAUCCUCGUGGCUUUUCCUGGGAAUUUCCCCACCCUGAACAUCCCCAUGGAGGAGAUCCACCUGGAUCCUGGAUUUUCUAGCUCUUCAUGGACCUGCUCUCUGCUAAAUUGGUUUAAUUUGAAAUUUAAUUUUUAAUUUGACAUCUUUGGGUAGGACAGAGACUCUUGAAGCUGCAUCAACCUUUUGAAUCCUUUUUGUAGCUGAUCCCAAAACCUGCAGGAAUCUCUAGUGGGACCUGAACCUUGUGAGAGAACAUCAGGGAUCUCUGGAUCAGACUAAAUUAAGGAAGUGUUUUAUCCCAAACUGGAAUGCUGGGCAAUUCCCAGCUCUGAUGAACUUUAAAUCCCAAUAAUCUGCUCUUGGAAGCCUGGAACACCCAGCAAGGUAAGAGCAGCUGCAGCUCUUGGGUUUGUGCAGCUGGAAUGAUAAAUUCCACCAAAAACUGAUGUGUCCUUGUCUGUUUGUGAUGCCAGCAGUUAAAAACGGAUGGAAUUCUGCUUUUUUGGGGAUGGCAGGUGUUAAAAAUCAGGAAGGGAGUGAGUUAAGGUGUGCUCCACCUGGGUUUGAGUGGGGAAUUCCCACCUUGCUAUCCCUGGAGCAGGAAUUUUGGAUCAGCUCCUGGGUGGGUGAGGAAAUUAUUUUAUUGCUCCAAAAGGAAUUUAAAAAAAUUAAAGGAUUAAAUUUAAAUUUAAAAUUUAAGGAUCUAUGGAUCCAUAAAUCCUGCUCUGGCUUCCCUACAGCAGGAAAUGCAAGGGGCUGCUUCAUUCUCACUUUUUAUCAUUUUAAUAAACCAUUAAAUUGGA